CACAACAGUCCAUAUGUGAGAGUUGGUGUGCAGAGAGAGCUGUAAUUUCAAUGCACUGGUGCAAAGUCUUACUUGAUAAAAAAACAGUGGGAAAGAUUUUUUCUGCCAUUGUUUUAGGAUUACACCCUGUGGGUCAUCAAACCUUAGUGAAGCAGUUAAAGGACAUUAAGCACAGUGGACCAGUCCUGAUGGAGCCAGCAACUGUUCCAGAGAAGAAUCUGAUGAAAGAUGAAAACAGUCCAAAUCAUCCUACAGCAAAGUGCAAGAGAGGCCAGUGGGCCAACAAGAGGGAGUUCAUUUUAGCAGUAAUUGGAGAAAUCAUUGGUCUGGGCAACGUUUGGAGGUUUCCAUAUCUGUGCUUCAAAAAUGGAGGUGGAGUUUUCUUGGUCCCGUAUGUUUUGAUCCUGUUCACGUGUGGAAUCCCCCUCUUCUUUCUGGAGGUGUCUCUGGGACAGUUAACUGGUCAGGGUGCAAUCACAUGUUGGAGGGAAAUAUGUCCUUUAUUUGGAGGUUUAGGCUAUGGCAAUCAAAUUAUUAUGCUUUACACUGUGAUGUAUUAUAUCGUCAUCCUGGCUUGGGCCUUCCUCUACCUCUUCUCCUCCUUCAACACUGAACUCCCCUGGGCCAGCUGUAACAACACCUGGAACACAGAGACGUGCAUUGAUUUUGGUCAGAAUGGUUCAUUUUAUGGCUACAUGAAUAAGAAUGCAACAUCUUCAGUCAAAGAAUUCUGGCAGAGGAGAGUUCUGGGUUUGUCUGCUGGAAUUGAAGAGGUGGGUCGCAUCCGGUGGGACCUGGCUGGGUGUCUCCUGCUGAGCUGGAUUAUCUGUUACUUUUGUAUCUGGAAAGGAGUCAAGACGUCAGGGAAGAUUGUCUACUUCACUGCCACCUUUCCUUAUGUGAUGUUGGUUGCAUUGCUGAUCCGUGGUCUGACGUUACCAGGAGCUGAAGAUGGUAUUCGAUUUUAUCUUUCUCCUGAUCAUACCCGUUUGGCUGAUCCUCAGGUGUGGAUGGAUGCUGGAAGCCAGAUAUUAUUCUCCUACGCUGUCUGCUCAGGCUGUUUGCCAGCUUUGGGAAGCUACAAUAAAUACAACAACAACUGCUACAAAGACACUUUUGCCUUGUGCACACUAAACAGUUUAACCAGCUUUGUCGCUGGCUUUGCAGUCUUCUCUGUCCUUGGCUUCAUGUCACAUGAGUUGGGUGUUGACAUUGCAGUGGUGGCUGAAUCAGGACCCGGCCUGGCAUUCAUUGCCUACCCUCAAGCAGUAGCCAUGAUGCCUUUACCCCAGCUCUGGGCUGCCUUCUUCUUCAUCAUGAUAAUCUUUCUUGGAGUGGAUAGUGAAUUUGUGUAUCUGGAAGGUCUGGUCACAUCCAUAUCAGAUAUAUAUCCAUCCUUCUUUUUCACUGGUCACCGACGUAAAUUGCUUCUGCUGGUCCUCUGUGGUGUGUCCUUUGUGAUUGGCCUGUUAAUGGUGACUGAGGGAGGACUUUAUGUGUUUCUGCUGUUUGACUACUAUGCUUGCAGUGGAAUGCCAAUCAUGUUUUUCGCCAUUUUGGAGUCCAUUUGUGUGGGAUGGAUAUUUGGAGCGGAUCCAUAUUACAACAAAAUAAAGGAAAUGAUUGGCUACCACCCCUCAUCUUAUAUGAAAUAUUGCUGGAAGUUCUUGACACCAUUUGUCUGUGUUGGCAUUUUACUUUUCUCUUUGGUCAAAUUCACCCCUCUGAAAUAUAACAACACCUAUCAGUAUCCCUGGUGGGGAUAUGCUAUUGGGAUAUUUCUUGUGCUCUCUUCAGUUCUCCUGACUCCACUGUGGUUUCUCUAUGGUAUGUCUGUGACCCCUGGAACAAUGAGACAGAGACUGAAAACUUUAUGCACUCCAGCAGCUGCCCUUUGUAAUGCAAAGAAGACUCUUCACGCUGAAACACAUGGCUCCAAGUCAGAGCUGUGUGUUUUAACUGAAAAACCUAAAGAAGCCCUGGAGAUGAGUCAACUCUAACAGAGACAUCAGUGAUUCAGUGCAAGGCUGAACAUCUAGAUCUCCAGAUGAAGACUCUCAGGUCUGAGCUACAGUUUGUCAUUGAUUGUCUCCAUGUGAAGAACAGCACAGAUAAUGUGCAAGUGUGCAACACAAGAUAACAAAACAGUGCAGGACCUCUUUACCUUUGGUUCAUUUCUUCCUGCAUUUUUCUGUAUAUCAUGGGUUAUAAUCACCAUAAGUGAGUUGAUUUACCUUGUAUUUAAAAAAACAAAACUAAACUUACUUGUUAACUUAUUCUACCUCUGGGUAAAAACAUUUUUUGAGUUUCUGAACUGACCUAAGUUUUCAAAUAAGUGCUUGUUAAUCAACCUUAUAAGUGAUAUUGUUUGUUUUUAUACUCAUAUGUAAUUACUACUCACUUCCCACAGUGGCAGAAAGGGAUUGUUUUGUAAAUGUAUGAUAUAUUUAGCUAGGGCUCAAAACCACAACAGUAAAAGGGUUUAAAGGUUUGACACUCAUAAAUACAAUGACAGUUCAGUUUCCCAAUAUAUAAUGUAACUAAUGCCCAGAUGACUGUAUUUAGUACCAGCACUGUAAAGUUCAUUCAGAAACUUGAAUUUAAGUUGUAUUUCAUCACACAGCUUGAAUCUCAUCUUUACAUGUGGCUCCACCGUGUUUCUCUACUGUGCAGAUUGUGGUCAAAUGUUCUGAGAUGAAUUCAUGCUGAUGUGGUCCACUUUGUAGAAGUAGGACAGAAAAACACAUUGUCCUUCAACUUCUGAACCCAAUAAAACUCCUCUCUUCAACACAA